AUGACUGUGACUUCUAGAAGAGUGUCCGCGAUGCCGCAAGCGGGAAAAACACGCUCUUCGAAAAGGGUCAAGGCGGGGACGCUGACAAAGAGUGAGGGGACGCAUGGGAGUUACGCUGGCCUUGUUCUUAAUCUUGCGGCGUGCGUUGACACGCUUGCAAACUUCUCUUUAAUCCCCAUUGUCGCACUCCAAAGUGAGGCUAUUCCGCUCUCACGCGCCACACUGGCGCUGGCUCAAUCGUUUGUAUUCUUUCCGCAGUUGUGGAGUACGCCCAUAGCUGAACGGUUUGCGAGGCGUGUUGGUGGAUUCGCUGCGUAUGCAGCAACGCUGCUCGCUACAGCAGUUAGUAUUUUCCUUAGUGCAAUGGCUUUGCGUGAGGGAUCACUCUACUUGUUUCUGGCGGCACGCAUUGUGAAUGGUUUAUUUCGCCAUAUCAGAAUAUUCGGCACCCUUGCCAUGCAAGAACUGCCACUGGCAGCAAAAGGCUUGGAUGUGAAGCGGGUAACUACUUUUAGCCUCCCGGCUGCCAUGAUAUUUGGCGGCGCUCUUGGUGAUUACGGAGAUGGAGUGGCGUCUGUGUCACUUUUAAUGGCUGCUAUAGAGCUCGCCAUCGCAGUUCUCGUCGGCUUGUUGUCAUUCAAAGUUGUGCGUAAAUCAAAGACUAUUCCCGCCGUACAGACUGUGAACGCGUACAAAAAAUGGCUUCUUCGUCGGCGCUAUCACGAGUUUGCCGUUUUCAUUCCCGUCGCACUUACUACCCUUUGUGCCUCCAUGAACCAAUGUAUGUACCCUUUUACGGACCGCCGAGCGUUUCACCUUGAUUUUUUUGUUGUUGGUAUCCACAUGGCAGUAGUCAUAACCACACCAAUCAUUUUUGCUCCUUUUCUUGUAAAGUGGUGCACCGAUAUGACGCAUUUGAUGAUUCAUGCGUCUGCUGUUUUGCUUGUGGUUGGAGCAUCGAUUAGCCCCUGUGUUGCUGAGAACGGUAUUGCGUUCUACUUCUUCACGACAUGGCUACUCACGGAUCUCCCCGCUGCAGUCUUGGAAUCGGCACUUUGCCCCCGUGUUGUGGAUAAUUUCAGUGUUGCCGAACAACCGUUCGCCGAGAAGCUACUGUUGCAUGUCAGACAAACUUUUAAACAGUGGUCGGCUGUUCUGCUUGUUUUUAUGCAAGCGGUAUUUGAUAAUCGCAGUGAUGUCAUGCGCGUCGCUACAGCACCCCUGGCUCUGGGGGUGCUAGUAUUCACUACAACGCGUCGUGUCACCGCUACGAUGUUUACUGUCGUUUUCGUCCACUGUGUGCUGGGGUGGUUGUCUCCCGCAGACAACAACGACACCUGGAACAGCAUAAUAGCGCUUGCUCGAUCGUGGCUUCCCUUGCUUCUGCGAGGCCACAGUGACAUCAGUGAAUAA